GUACAAACCAAACUAAACACAAACACACAGAUUGACGAAGAAGUAGAAAAAGGACAAGACACGAAACUUCACAAUAAUUGUUAAUCAUAACUAUUUGGUACAAAAGAAAAUCAUAAAUUACUCGUGAUCCCCUUGUUCUUUUUCUUCAUCUUCUUCUUCACUUUCUCAAUCAACCCAUCCAACUCUAACCUUCAACCUACUCAGGCAACAUGGGCAUGAGACUGGAGUUCACAGUUCUCUUUUUGUUGGGGGCUAGCUUGGUGUGUCAUUCUAGGGACCUGGGGAUCAAGAAUUCUUUUGCUGGAAAAACUUAUUCAGUCUCACAGGCAAAUUAUCUGGACUUAAAAUGGGAAACUAAAGCUUCCAAAGAUAUUGGCAAGAAAGAAAAUGUUUGCACGCUGUGUGAAGAAUUUGCUACGGAUGCGCAGAAUUACUUUUCUGCAAACAAAACUCAAAAGGAAGUUGUGGACAUGCUUCAGAAGUCCUGCUCAAAGCUGCACUCUUUCAAGCAAGAGUGUCUCACGUUGGUGGAUUAUUAUGUUCCUCUUUUCUUCAUGGAGAUCGCCUCUCUAGAGCCUGCAGAUUUCUGCCAAAAGGUCGAUCUUUGUGAACAAGUAGCUUUUGUAUCUGAGCAUCUCAAGAAAGAUAGCUGUGAGUUUUGCCAGAAAACCGUUGCAGAAGCUUUGUUAAAGUUGAAAGAUCCCGAGACUGAGUUGGAAUUGGUUGAAAUGCUGCUGAAGGUUUGCAACUCGGUGAAGGGAUAUGAGAAACAGUGUAAGAAGAUGGUGUUUGAGUACGGACCUAUACUACUUGUAAACGCAGAGCAUUUGCUAGAAUCAAACGACAUAUGCACCAUGCUACAUGCGUGUGAGUCACCCAAAUUAAAUAUGGAACAAGCAUCCACAGGAGAAACAAUCAUGCUUGCUUCAUCUUAAAUACGGAUGAGCUAAAAGAAUUGUGUCUGCUGGUGAGGAUUGGCAUAUACUCCUCAUCAUUACCAAUUUGCACUCCCUGUAAAUUACUGUGGUUUCUGAACAGUACUUGGUAACCAUAUUCUACGCUUCAUGUAUGAAGAUCCCUUUUUUUUUUUUUUUUAUGUCUGCAAAUAUGUUGCUAAUUUUAUAUAUCUAUUGAAGUUGUGUA